AUAUUUGUAUAAGACAUGUGAAACCAUGAAAUGCUGUUAUUUACCAAUAAGACAUUCAUGAGUUAUUAUGCAUGUUAACAUGCAUAAAAGGACCUACAACAUGACUGUGUAUAUAUGUUGUUAGGUAGCCGUAUACGUAUUGUGUUCAUAAUUCACGAGUUCGCUUCAAAUUAACUGGUGUUCGCCAUGACGUAUUUAUUCUUUAUAAAAAAGAAUGUAUAGGAUAUACAAAUGUUUAAAGAUUGAAAUUUUGAUUAAUGGCCUUAAAGCCAUUCUUUUCCUGUAUGAAAGGGAGACAAUUCUCCAUCAAUCCGAAGAAAAAUAAAGUGGAUAAAACUUUCAUUGAAUGCAGGGCCGGUGAGGUAUUUUCAGGAUCCAAUCAAAUAUCGGAGACAACAGUUAGUUGCUUCAGAUUGGACAUGGAGCGACAUCCACCUUCCAAACGAAGGAAAACUGACGAGGGAUAUCAAGGGGAGGCAACUGAACAAGAUGAAUGGGAUGAUGAUGAUUUUGACCUACAGUUGACUCAAGCAGAGCUAGAGCACAUAGACACAAUGGCGUCACAAGCAAUAACACAGCCCCAAACAAGCAGCAUUGCUCAGGUCAGGAAAAUAACAAAGGAAGCAAUAGUUUGUGCUGACCAAAACAGUCCAAGGCCUCCACCACACAAAUCACCUGCUGUACCAUUGCCCACAGGUAGCCAAGGGUCUUUUGUGAAACCACAAAAUAUUUCCAGCAACAAUUCUUCAUCUUCUUCACGGAAUACAUCCUUGUCUUUAUCAUCAAGGAACAAUUCAAUGUCUUCUUAUUCCUCAUCAAGUUCAUAUCCAGUUACACCUAGAUCAGCAGGUAGCCACCAAAGCUCAUCUAGCCUGCGAUCUGAUUCCUCUGUAGAGAUGGUUGUAGGCCAUGGCCAGUUAUCAAGGAAGUCAAACACCACAUCUUCAGCCAAUUUAGACUCUCAGUCCCUUGAAGUUUCCACAAGAAGCUUCCAUGGAGAUAUGGUUAGACACAGAAGGGAUAGCACGGACAUAAAUGCAGAGCCAACUGAGAUGCAAGAAAUAAAGAAAGAACUUUUCCAAAAAGACGGAGAGAUAAAGAUUCUACGUGAUACCUUACAAAAGAAAGAAGGGGAGAUCACUCAGGCAAAGAAGGAGAAAAUGCAAGCAAUAAACCAGCAACAAAGAGAACAGAGUGAGCAUGAAAAAUAUCUUCAAGCCAGUGUAGAUCGACUCAACACUCAGCUGCAAUUUAAAGAUAGGGAUAUAACAGAACUGCAAGAACGUUGUCGUAGCUUUGAGGCAAGACAGCAGUCAGCGGAGGGAGGUUAUAUAAGCAGUAGUCCUAGAAAAGUUAUCGUCCCUCAACAUAGUCCUAAGCCACACAGAAACAGGUCUCACUCUCCAGUAGGUAAUGUCGGCUUUCCAACUCAACACAGUUUUAUGGCUGAUGACCGCUCACCUAAGGCAAAAUCACAGCUGUCAGUGCUUCAAAAAGAAAACAAGAAUACAAAAGAUAUUGGUACUUGUACUGUGGGAGUUUACCCACCUGUAGCCACACCUAGGUCUACUAGUCCAUCUCCUGUCACAAGGUAUCUAAGGCGAAGACUAUUUCUAUCUACAGCUGAUCACCCUACAGGGGUGUUGAGUGGACCUCAGCUUGUGUCCAGUCUUCUGGAGGCAUCUCCCUGUGGUGGAGGUGUGGAUCAGGGCAUUGUGGGAUUGUUGCACAUGCACACAGGAAACUGUGAUCUUCAACGUCUCCACUUUGACCGCGACAACAGUAGUAGCAUUUUGUCUCCUCUGCCUAACAGACAAAGGCCUUUUGACCCUAAGGUUUCACCAAAAAAGUGGGUUUCUGUUGGAUCCUCUGAACAUCGUACUUUAGCACUUCAAGGCAUGCAGACAUUGUUACACAACCGGCAAAGUGGUGACAAUUUUAUAGACAAAGUUAGUGUCAAUGUGUUAAGAAAUGCUGCGAAGUCAGAUGCUGAUCCUAAGAAACAUUUGGCAGACACAUCCCUAGUAACAAGAAACAAAGAGAAGGUCUCCACUGACCAAGACAUUCCUACUGACUAUGGUGCAGUGUUACUGCUGCCUCUGCUGGCUGACUACCUCGGCCACUACCAGGACCUACUGACUUGUGCCGUAGAAGUCAGCCCACAGAGCCCUCCAUCCUCCCGAGGUAGCAGUAGUCUAGACAGCUCAGUGGAAUCACUCAGCAGUUCCCUGUCCCUCCUUCUCCGAGACUCUGCUCUUUUUGCUAACAAUCUGGAGGCUCUUGCACUCGCAGCUCUAUCCAUCCUUCACAGACUCGUCUCUUACUGCCCAAGUGUCCGUGCGGUUUUGUUUGAAUCACCAGAAUCUAAUGCAACCACAAGUGUACAUGACGCUACAAAUGGACAGAUGGCUAAACACAGACAUGGUGGAGAUGAUGGUAGCAACCAUGAUACUGAUAUUUCCUCAUCUGGGUCCUGUUCAAGGUCACAAGGAUCUGGCAUUCACCAAUAUGUUGAAGACAUUUACUUAUUAAGAAAAAUCUUUAGCCUGGCAAACCCAGGGCAGGGGGUACACAGAUAUAAUGUCCAUAUUGUAGAGAGAGCUUUAGACAUUCUGAUAGUGCUAGCCACACACCUGGAAGAGGACCAGGUCCAACAGUUACUGCCAUUGCUUCACAAUAGUGUGUUAGCCAAUUGUUUAGAGUGUGACAAUGACAAGUCUGUGGUGAUUCGUGGACUGAAGCUGUUGACUACUCUGGUCAAAUUUAACUCCUUUGUGUCUAGCCUGUAUGUAGGGCCUGAUGGCUGUCUUUUGUGUCUUUUGUACAAUGUGUGUAUUGGUCCUGUGGAUGAGGUCUCUUCAGAAUAUCGGCUGCAGACAAGUACACAACUGUUCCACUGUCUUUACAACAUCAUCAGUGUUCACAAAGGAGGUGCAGUUCUCCUUCUACAGAGUGACUGUCGGUGCAGUGUACAGGUUAUUCGGACAGUGGUUGUGGUGUUGCAUCGCCUCCUUUUAUUGUAUGAGGAGAGAGAGAAAGAUGGAUCUAAAUGUGAGGAAGAAAACAACCUUCUAGUACCAUUGAGCCAAGGAGUACUGUUGUUACAUACGCUGUACCAGAAGGAUGAUCGAUUCUCAGAUCACCGAUUCCUUGUGGAACAUCAGUAUGUGAGACUCGUCACAGGCCUAACUAGUGUCUUCAAACAUCUCACUGCCAACAAUUCUCAUGAGUUAAGUGCCUUAGGAGAAUUAUGGGACUUUGAUGAUGAAUACAAUGAAUUUUCUCAAGAAAGUGAAGGUGAUGAAGAGGAUCUUCAACAGAUGGAUGUAUCCUGACAGGUCAUCUCAUCAUAGUACUAUCAUCUUCUUCUUCUGAUUCAUUCUACUUUGUUUGUAAAAACACAAGAACAAAUCCUGGUACACCACAUAUUGUUGUCUGACUGACUAACAAACGGUCAUCAUUCCUACCUCUGUAUCAUGCCACAAAACCAAUGGCUACCACAUGUGUAUUCUUUAAAAGACACGUCUUAGCAAACUAUUUCAUGUGGCUACACACGGGCAAGUCCUGUACAUAAACCUGAAUUGGGUUUAUAAUUUUGUGACUGUGUCUUUAUAUUGUGGAGUAUUUUAUUGACUUAAGUUGAUUACUGACUGACUAAUGAAAAAUUUGAAUUAUAAUUAGAAUAUUUCUAGUAGGUUAUAUAACAGUUGCCAUGUGUUGUUGUCUAUAUCAGAUGAUUUAACAUGAUAUAUAUACAUGUUAAAAGAUAGAUGAAGAUUUUACUUCCUUAUUUAAUAUGUUUUGAUAUGAGAAAUACCACGUGGAGUGA